ACUCUGCCACCGCAACCUCCACCCAGACUACAUCCACCAGUGGCUGCAGACCCUGGGGAAGAGCUACGCCCUGUGGGUCCUGCUCGUCCAGGUGGACGUGAAAGAUCCUCAGCAGGCCCUCAAGGAGCUGGCUAAGAUGUGCGUCCUGGCCGGCUGCCGCCUGAUCCUGGCCUGGAGCCCCGAGGAGGCCGGGCGGUACCUGGAGACCUACAAGGCCUAG